CCAAGGGAAGGCACAUCAACAGCCCUGACUCAGGGCAGCACAGCUCGGGCUGUUCGAGCCCAGCUCCCAGCCGGCUCACACCUGCAACAGUGUCACUCCAUCCUUCCACAGUUUUUAUGCUUCUCUUUCCAGAGAAAUGGCCAAUCCACUGCCUGUGGUAGCCCAGGAAGAUUUGGAAAGCUUUACAGUGACCAGAACAGGCUCAGGCUUUGCACUCAAAGCCUUCCACAUCUCUUGGAACACUCCCAUCUCUGUGAAGCUGCUGAGCAGCCAGGACACUACAGAGAGGGAGUGGAAGUUGCUGCUUCAGGAUAUAGCAGGUGUCAGAGGUUGUGAGUCUGAACGUCUCCUGCCCCCCCUGGGGAUUUACCAAUGCCAUGGACUCGUGGGGUUGGUGACUGCAUGGAUGGACAAUGGAUCCCUGCACUCGCUCGUCCAUGAGCGUCAGCUGUACCCAGAACUUCCGUGUCCCUUACUCCUGAGGAUCCUGUCAGAUGUGGCUGAAGGGCUGCAUCACCUUCACAGCCUCCAGCCUGCCUCCUGCCACUGCAGCCUGAAACCUUCCAAUGUGCUGCUGGAUGGACAGUACAGAGCCAAGAUAUCAGAUUAUGGUCUAACCAACUGGAGGAAACAGCAGCUGAGGUCAGCACUGCAGAACCAGAGGAGCUGCCAGGAUUUAGUGUACCUCGCUCCCGAAAUCCUUGAAGGAGGCCUUCCUUCCCAGGAAGGUGAUAUUUACAGUUUUGGAAUAAUGUGUUGGGAGAGCCUAAGCAGACAGAAACCUUUUGAAGGUCAAACAGCCCUGCUGGAGGCUCUGACAGGAAUCUGCUGCAGUUCCCGGCCUGGCCUUUCAGAAGAGUUUAUACCAAGCAAUUGUCCUGAGAGGAACAGACUAUUGCACCUCAUUGCUCUGUGCUGGCAUCAGGAUCCAGCUGACAGACCACGGACUGCAGAAUGUGUAGAUCUGCUAAAUGGAAUUUUGACUAGUAUAAAUAAGGAGGUAAUUUCCACAGCAAUCUACAGUCUGAUGGAUGCAAAGGAGAGAGCGCUUGAUGCUUGCAAAGGCUCAGCCACGUACACCCUGCAGACAGGCACCUGCAACUCAGAGAUCAUCAGUCCACCAAAAAACAACCGCUUAAUCAGCAAGAAAAUUCCUUUCAUAGUGCCAAGCUCAACUGGCCUACUUGAUAGCAGUGGAAAUAAUGCAGCAAGAGAGAAUAUUCUUGAGAUGGGUCUGUCAAAUACUAUCCCACGGAAUGCAAAAACAAGAAAAGAUCAUCCAGGCUCUGAGAGCAGAAAACUACACUUGUUUAGGAAGAUUCCUCUAUCUGGUUCAGCUGCAGACACACGAAGCAGUCAGGAUGUGGCCCCACUGCUGGCUCUCCAGCACAGCCCACAGCCAGUGCACCCUGGACAAGCAGUGACAGGUCCUUGCUGCAAAGGAAACUUCUGUCAAAUCCUCACCUGCCAGAGAGAGAGCAUACUGAGCUGCAUGACAGAGGGACGCCUGAACCACGUGCUGGACGUGCUGCGCUCGCAGCAGACGCUGUCCCGGCCGGACUACGAGAGCAUCACCUCCCACCCCACCGUCAGCGGCCGGGCCCGGGCCCUGCUCGACACCUGCCUGUGCCUCGGGGAGAGGGCAGCACAGGGCGUGCUGACUGCACUGUCAGGGACCAAAGGCAGUCCUCUGGGACAAGUCAGCCAGUGCCCAGCCUGCCCUCUGAGGUGACCAGGCUGCUGCUGUGAUGCAGUUCUUUGCAGUGUUACACUCCUCUGAGCACCAGUGCUUUGUCAGGGCAGUGACUCACAUGGGCUCCUCAUACCAGCGACCAAAGGCAAUCCUUCCUACAGCCCAGGAGUUCUGUAAGAUUGAAAGGCUUCAGAGAAUCAAGAAGUAUUUCUUCAACAGGGCCUUAAGGAAGACUUGGAAGUUGUACUCGGAUGGGAGACUGCCUGGGAAUACUGAGUGCUGGAGGCUUCCUUGCCUUCUUCUGAACUUCUCCAUGGACACGGAUGCUUUGGAGUGUCCUGCUGCUGCCUGGACUCAUCCACAGGUCACAGACCCUUUGAGUUCACCCUGGAGUUCCAGUUUGUCCAGUACACAGAAACACUGCUGUUACCAAAAUGUUCCCAGGCCCAGCAGAGUAAGAUAAGUGGUACAGCAAGCAGUGACAGCAAAAAGCCAGCCACCAACAAGCACUAAUGUACAGGAGGCAGCAAGCCCCAUGGCAAGCACAGAGCCUGUCAACAGCUCCACAGCAAGAGCAGCUAUAAAUGGGAUCUAGCACAUUCCAAUCAAAUCUGGUGUUGCCUUGGACCCUUCAAGCCUUGUAUUGGGUGCUGUGACUGUGCAAGCUCUGCUCAGCAAUAACAAAAACACCCCUGAAUUAUCGGCACUGUUCUCGGCACAGAUCCAGAGCACAGCCCCAGAGUGGCUGCUAUGAAGAAAAUUAACCCUACCCCAUCCCAAACCAGCACGACUGUGAAGGAAAAUAAGAUCACUCUAAUUAUAAUGAAAAUGAUGAUAUAAGAUGCCAGUUUUUUGAAGGCCCAGUGGGAUUUCAAGCUCCACGGCACCAGAUUAACAUGAGAAUUUAUACAAUCUACAGGUAUUUCAAACACAAAAGCAUGUUACUCUGUUUCUCUAUGUUGCUUUUGUUCUCUCUGCAGUCUCAAAGCGCUCACUGAAUUCAGCAGUUUGGCAGAUUGCAAUUUUAAGUACAGUAAUAUGUUGUCUAGGCACACUUAAAGAGAUAAGGAAUUUGUUACAUCAAAUUUCCAGCUACAGGACUGCUGAAAGCACAAACGUAACUUUCUUUUACAUAACUUAAUUAAACUUUGAGAUUGCCUGGAGAUAAAAUAUUGUUACGAUUAAAAGCAAUGUCUAUCAGGAUGUGUUGACAAUAGUUUUGCUUAUUAAAGGAGCUAAAUAUCUAUUUCACAGUUAAUUUUUUUUUCAAUCUACACUUUAAAUGUGAAUUUUCAACAGUCUCUGCUAAAAAAGGGAUGUGAGGAAAAGAACUGCUGUCACAGGGUUUUGCCUCUUUAGAAGGCAUAAAAUAAUCUGAGCAAAACAAAUAAACAUUCACCUGUGGGACACAGUCCCCAAUUUUUAAAAGAGAAACUGGCAAUACUGCUGAAACAAUGAUCAGCUUCUGUUGGACACUUUAUGCUUCUGUGACAGAUGUGCUGGCUGGGAGGCUAUGCUGAUUUUUUGUCAUCAUGUUUUUGAUACAGAAAUAGUUUCAGCUCUUUCCUAGAAACAGCUGCCUACUUCAGAAUAUUAUCUGAUGCCAGGCCUAAACCCCGUCUCCAAUGUUAAAUGCAGAACUGGCAUCAAAUCAGUGGGAGCACAAGUUAUCAGCGUGGUGGUUUUGAAGGGAUGAUACCAGUUUGUUGGAAUGACACUGCUGUUGAUAUAAAAAGUUUUGAUCCCAAACUAAAAUACAGUAAAGUGAAAGCAGCACCAUUUUGUCUCACCAAAAAUCUAAACUCUCUUAAGGCCUGUAGUGUGUUGGCUGUGGAGCAGUGUCUGAUGCUGCUCACUGGUGUGGAACAUCCAGCUGCUCAAAGCCUGUGGUGCUCUGAGUGUGCCCAGGCUGGUGGAACAUCCAGCUGCUCAAAGCCUGUGGUGCUCUGAGUGUGCCCAGGCUGGUGGAACAUCCAGCUGCUCAAAGCCUGUGGUGUUCUGAGUGUGCCCAGGCUGGUGGAACAUCCAGCUGCUCAAAGCCUGUGGUGUUCUGAGUGUGCCCAGGCUGGUGGAACAUCCAGCUGCUCAAAGCCUGUGGUGUUCUGAGUGUGCCCAGGCUGGUGGAACAUCCAGCUGCUCAAAGCCUGUGGUGCUCUGUGUGUGCCCAGGCUGGUGGAACAUCCAGCUGCUCAAAGCCUGUGGUGCUCUGUGUGUGCCCAGGCUGGUGGAACAUCCAGGGGCUCAAAGCCUGUGGUGCUCUGUGUGUGCCCAGGCUGGUGGAACAUCCAGGGGCUCAAAGCCUGUGGUGUUUGUGUGUGCCCAGGCUGGCUCUCCAGCUGAGAUCCUAUGGCCCUUGUGCUGCAGUUACCUUGCUACUGCAAAAUAGGGUAGAAUAAACAGCAAAGACAGAAGAAUCAAACUGUUCUUUAGUAUCUGUGGGAAGGAACAAGGCUUGAAUGUGAACAACUGGAGUUCCAGGAAGGAACUAUAAAACAUGGGAAACUCUAGACAGCAAAGAGUAUAAAAAACCAAAGUCACUUCAGGACCAAUUAGGAAAGCUCUCUGCUGCAGUUACUUAGAAAAAACAAAACUAAAAUAAAUAGAUGUUAAAAAUUACAAGUCAUAUUCAAAUUUCAUGAAGGUAUUUAAACUUAUUAAAGGAACAGUAAGUGGGGUAGGCAGAUGGUUAUUUUCCUGACUUAUUGUAAUGUAUUUUUCUUCUUGAUGCUGGUUGCAGCUAUCUUUUGCUGAUUUGCAAAAAGAUGACUGUCCCUUGCCCUUUGUCCUAUCUAUACAACACUUUUAUCUGAGCUGGGAUACUUCCUGCAAUGUAAGAAUGUCUGCACUAGAAUUUGCUUGAGGUUGAUUUGUGGAAAAUUAAUCUGAGAUACUGGAAUGAAAUGUUUAAGAGAUUAGUUUUUCCAGGAGAGAGCAAGACAAACAAAGCUAUAAAUACCACUCAAAUGCUGUUACCAGUACCUGCUAAACAGUUCCAGAGAACUUCAGAGGAAGAUAACAAGUGCAUAUUCAUAAAACACUAAUCUACAAAAUUUCAAAAAAUGCAUUAAUGGACUGCUGGCAUACACAGAAUUUUACACCAUGUGAGUAGUCCAAAAUGUGCAGACCCUAAAGCACUAAUGAAAACAUACUAACCCUCAAGGGUUCUUAUUUUAUUGUUUCAAGUCUGCAUUCUACAUAACCUUGUAAACAUUUUUCCUGCUUGCACAGGUUUAGUCACUGGAGCUGUUCAUGUGCAGACUGGCAAGGCAGGCUAAGUGCAAGUACCAAUACUGUGCUAGGGAAGGAGCCACACAUCCUGCAGGCAGGCACGGCCUAAGGCUCCUUCCCUGCUGUUUGCUCAGUGCUAUACAGCUGGUACCCAGCACCUCCUCAAUAACAUGCUGCCUCUCAGCCUGCUGGGGCUUUUAUGCUUCAAGAAAUUUUGUCUUGCACUAUAUUCCUUUUCAUUCUUUUCCUGCCCCCUUCUUUGCAAAAUACUUUCUGGCUGCUCAAAAGGCCUUAGCAUAGUUUGAUUUUUUUUCCUUUUCACGACAAGUAAUCCCUUCCUUGCUUGCCUGGUCCUACAUUCCCUUAGCUGAGCACAUGGUUGACUUGACAGCUGGUAUGUCAGCUGAGUUAAACAAAACUCCUGGGUUUUGAAGGUAAGUCCACCAUAAAUUAAACUACCUGACAAGGUCUGAAAAGAACAUAAUUAAUGAGUUAUUUGUGUUACACUAAAGUCAGCAUAGCUGCAAGAACAUAUUAAUUGUAAGCAUUUUACUUGACCCCAGCAUGACACAAAUGGCAGACAAGAAGCUCAUACAUACUGUUUCCAGCUCUUGUAAUGACAGAAAUUUGUGAUAUAUUUCCUUAUUUCCUGCCUUUAUUUCUCUUUGCUAAGAAUACAUCCCAAGUAAGAGUUACAGAACUCCUUCAACCAGGAUGAAUUAAAUGGCAGUGAUUUAGAAUAAGAACUUAUUCACCCCUUGAAAUGUGACAACAUUCCAAAAUACCUCAAUACCACAUAGCAAGCAGAGCCUUCCAAUCCAUACAUGCAGAAAGCACAGACGAAUUUCACCCUCUCAGAAGUAACCUGCCUGUAGUUCAGAAAGGUCUGUACAGUUAAUCCUUCCCUUAGAUUUCAAGAAAAAAUGUCAUAUUAGUUAACAGAAUGACUACCAACAUUCUAUUUGUUUGUCCUUUUGGACGAAAAAGGGCUCAAAGCUUUUUUUCAGCUCAUUAGAAUGUUACCAGGGGAAAAAAAUAAAAAAUGAGAGAACUGACUAAGGAAUACACCCGGAAAAUUAAAAAACCCCUGACUGCAUGAGACUUUUGACAGCCCUCAGCUCUAAGCAUGGACUGAGGAGAACCCAGGAGGGGGAGAAAGGCAGGGAGGAAACCUGAUGUGUAAGGACAGGUUGAUAAAGUUGUGUUUGGUCUAGCAAACAGGAGAUGAAGGGCACAGCAAAGAGUGGAGCGGGGUGGUGAGCAUGCAGUGAGGAAAGAGAGCACCUGCUCUGUUCUUCUGGCUUUGUGAUUCUCGAGUAGCUUUCAAACGGGGCUUAAAAAAGAUUUAAAGGCCAUUCUGAAGACAGGCUCCUUCCCCACAGCCAGAGAAAUUAGCAAUAUUCAUGGAACUUGUUUUUUCACCUGGUCAAGAGUUCUUUAGUCGACAAAAUUAAUAUAAACAACAGUGAUUUGCUAAGCUUUGUUACCUCAGGCUGUUCAGUUUAUUUAAGCAAGCUACAAAUGUUUAAAUGGAUGUAAGGGAGAAAUGAAUGUAUUUUUGCUGGGAGUUACAUAACAUGAAUAUUUAUAAGUGGUGUAGGCACUCACUAUUUAUCUCACUAACACCUACCUGUGAAGUCAUGUGCCUGUUUAGCAAGUCAGCUACCAGGACGAUGGACUAGAGAGAAUUUGAAUUAAAGAGCCCUGGAGAUUACUUCCACCCUUUACAGAGUUUCUGUGAAUUCUAAAAGGAAAAGAAGGCUUUCCUACGUUUUUGCCUCUCUGCAGAUAAUGGUUGGUCAUCUUCUCUCAAAUGCAAUGAAAAUCUUUUCCAUUUUUAUUAAAAGGCAAUCUUUAUUAAGCAAGAUCUCUGUCAAUCCAUUAAAUGUUUGCUGAGAGAGCCACUGAAAAACAUAAUCUUUUUCAUGUAGAAAAAUUAACUAUUUUGAGACUAUUUAUUACCGUGAACUUUCUCUUGCCCUCUUUGUCAAUUUUUAAAAUGGGAUUUUCUUUGCAUUAAUGUAUUUUCCUUCUUCUUUUUGCAUGAAAUUGCAGGAAUAUUAAAAAAAACAACAACCCACCCUUAUGACAUACAAUGUUAAAAUGCAAACAAGAUAAUAGGACAGAAAAAUAGGUCCUUACUUGUGCUGAACUGGCAUGACCUCACACAGAAAUUUGAUUGUUUUUCUGAUAAAUGCAUGUCUCAGACAGGUUUUACUAAACCCUGUAUGAGACUGAAAGAUUUACAGCCAAAGAAAUAUUUCAACUCGGGGAGGCUUUCUGCAAAACCAGCUAUUACUGCUCUGCCCUCCCUUCUGCUCUGACUCCUGCAGAGCUGGUUAAAAUGCAGUCUGGUAUGUCUGGGUGAAACCUUUUCUCUCCACUGAAAUCAAUCACCUGCUGGUAUUCAAACCUGCAGAUUUAUUUGUUUAAAGAAAUCUCUCACUUGGGUAGAGGACUCAUGAUAUGUACAAGAGAAGACAUAUUUGUAUGCUAGUUUAAAUUAUGUCUUUCAAAACUAAAAUUACAUUUCAUUUUCUGUGUGAUAUAUGUCGGGGUUUGAACUCAGCUGUUGAAUUUUAUUUUAUUUUAAUGUGUUCAGUAGGAAUGUUUUCUUCUAUUCCAUUUACCAGCAUACCAAUAUAGCAAUUUAAUUCAUUCUUAGAGUCAGAGAAGCAUUUAGACUGGAAAAGAGCUUCAAGAUCAUUGAGUCCAGCUGUAAACCUGACAGUGCCAAGUCCACCACGUUCUUAGCUAGUCUGAGACUAUUUAUUUUGUUUUAGACCCAGUGGUAACUCUCAGCUUCUUCACCCAAAUUAAACCCCACCUGUGAAAGCUGUUGGGCUCCAAUGUUCCUUAUGCCUACCUUCAGCAGCAAGAGAAGGUGCCCCUGGCCUGUGGCCAGACCUCUCCUGCUUCUAACAGUGCCAAUUAACUAUAUCAGUUAAUUGUGCACAGUGACAGCUGCACAGGGAAGGGUGCAGGAAUGAUUUGUUACUUUAAGAUAUGCUUGGGCAUGAGAGGAUUUUUCUUGUUUGUUUUUACAGCUGACUAUUUAAUCACAGAUGUUUUUUCUUGCACAAAGGAAGCCUUGCUAAAGAACAAAAUCAAAGAUAAUUAUCAGGAUUUCACAGCUGUAAUUUUA